AUGAACCGUGAAAAUUUAAAGGUGUCACUAAUCAGGCUGAGUGGAAACGGAAUCCUUAAACAAGGAGACUCGUUAAAUCUGACGUGUGAUGUGAACUGCACACACAGUUCCUCACAGUUUGUGUGGUCUAAGAACAACGAGCAGUUAAACACAUCAGGACCCGUUCUUCACUUUCCUGCUCUAACCGUGAGGGAUUCUGGGAAUUACACCUGCACUUGGAAAACCAAUGAGGCGUCAGGAUCUGAAACGAUCAGCCUUCAGGUCGAGGGUGAAAAUCCUGGUCAUUGGUCAAUCUGGAUCAUUGUUUUAGUGACAGCUGGAGUGAUUUUCAUCGUCUUAGCUGUCCCAGCUGUGAUUUACAACAGGAGGAGGAAAUUUAAAGCUCCAGAAAAAAACGGGAGGGAAAGUGGAGAGAAAACACAGACAAAGCCACAGUUAAACCAAGUUUCUCAAGUUCCUGAUGAAGAAAUGAUGAACAAGGAGGAAGUGACUUACUCGUCUGUCCAAAACAAAGCAACAACAAAAGGUUCACAGGUCACAGUGCAGCUAAAUCAAGUUCCUGAGCCUGAUGAAGAAGUGUUAGAUAAAGGAGGAGUGAUUUAUGCAUCCGUGUGCAUCAAACCCAACAAACCAACCGAACGGCGAGUCCACACUGAGCAGCAGGAGCAGGACGAUUCUGUAAUCUACAGCGCUGUGAAAAAGGCCUGAUGACGCUUUCACACCUCAUUCACCCACAGUGCAGAUGAGUUUUAUUUAGUAAUCAUCAUAAUGCCUGUGGUUUCUCCAUGCAUGUAACUCUGUAGGAUUUAAGACUUGCUAAUGUCAUAGGAAGUGUCAGUUUAUUUGCUGUAAACAUCUUGUUUGGAAGGAGAUUUAAAAUGAAUUUGUUUAACACAUUCUUGUGAUUUCUUUAUUGUAAUUCAUGUUGUUUUUGAGUAAACAGCUUCUUUUACUUCUUAGGGUGCUUUAAGCCCUAUUCAGACAGGUUUAGUUUUACAUGUGGAGAUGGAUUUAAUUUCUCAGGGAUUUUAGUUCCACCUGAAUCCGUCACGUCAGAAAUUGUUUACAUACAUGCA